UAGGUGAAGGCAGCACAACAUGACCGCCGGUGGACACGUUCAGUGGAGCUAAAUACCGCUCGUGCUUGACGGUUGGUGUUUGCUCUUGUCGCGCCUGUAGCCGUCGCCAUGGGAACGCGGUGGUCUCGCGGCGGCCCUUCGCCGCUGCCGGAGAGGCGGCAGUGCGAGCGGCGGGAGGAGGACUCGGACAACGACUCUCUGGACGGGCUCGUCCGGCGGGAGGACAUCGCGCAGUUCCCCUACGUGGAGUUCACCGGCCGGGACAGCAUCACCUGUCCGACGUGCCAAGGCACCGGGCGGAUACCCUCCGGUCAAGUCAAUGAACUGGUCGCAUUGAUCCCGUACAGCGACCAACGGCUGCGGCCCCAGAGAACGAAGCUGUACGUGGUUCUGUCGGUGGUGCUGUGCCUCCUCGCCUCCUCCCUCGUGGCCUUCUUCCUCUUCCCUCGCUCCGUGGUGGUGGUGGAUGACGGGAUUCACUCGGUGACCGUGCGCAUCAACCCCUCCAACAUGAACGUCCUCAUGAACAUGACUAGCACGCUGAACCUCAGCAACCCGAACUUCUUCUCGGUGCUGGUGCAGAGCGUGAGCUGCCAGGUUCUGUACAUGAAGACGGUGAUCGGGACCCAGCAGCUGGACCGCGUCACCACCAUCCUGCCGCUCAGCCAGAGCCAGGUGAACUUCACCGUCAGCGUGGAGAUCGGCAGCAGCGCGCCGUACGUCUACGCCUUCUGCACCAUGCCGAGCAUCAAGGUCCACAACAUCGUGGUCUGUAUGCAGACCACGGUGAAGACGUCGUCCAUGGUGCGCUCGUCCCAGAACAGCCUGGAGGCGUACCGCUACAUCGACUGCGGCUCCAACACCACGCGCUACCGGGCCGACCGGCUCCCCCCCUCCCUCUCCUCCUCCUCCUCCUCGCCUCUCCUUCUGUAAGCGGAUCAGACCCGUCCUCUGGAGGUCGCUUUGAAACCAGCGGGGACGAAAACCAAAGGAUUCUUUCUCGUGAGACAAAACUAUCGUGUUAACUUGUGCCUUUUUUUCCCUUUAAAAAAAACAAAACUGCACAUUACUGAAGGCGUCAUAUUUCAGGGGGCGGGGCUUCAAUGUUUCCCCGCCACUUUAUUGGUUCACACCCAGAUGACUGAAAUCUGCUGUUGAUGCAAAGGAAGGAUCAUUUCUUUUUUUUGUGGACACUUUAACUGAAGCAUUCGUUUGCUUUACGGGGUCCAUGAACGCAUCGUGGAUGUUUUUUAGAAUGUGACAUAAAGUGUUGUCACUGGUUUUAGAUUCCAGGUGAUUCCUCAUGAGUCACAGCUGCUGAACCAAUCAGGCUCCAGACUGAGGAGCAUCAGGUCCAGCAUCCAACCGGUCCUUCUGGGCUUCAGUCAAACCUCCAAAGGGACGUCGGACCAGGAACAAGUGACUUCACAUCCAUGUAUUCUCAAAUGAUGUCACAACAAAUGUGACUCGGGGCAAUUGUGAUUUUUGUUAAUUUUUUGUUUUGUUAAAGCGACUGAAGAUUUUUACCAGUUUUUAGAACUGUUUAUAUUGUGAUGCAAUUAAAGAGACGUGUGAAUAAAUAAAACUAAUGAUGAACCCC